AUGGAACCAUGGGAAAGUGAUGACUGUAUUAAGAAGUCUGAUAUAAAUUCAAAAAACAAUUGUGGUGGGCGUGAACUAGCUGUUGGGACAUACAUAGGUGGCUCUAUCAUAGUUGGAGAGCACCGCAAAAAUCUUGUUUUGCAACUUUCUGCAUUUCUUACAUAUUUCAAAGUUCACAACUUUGAGAGAGAAAAAGAAGCAAUCUUGAUAUUUGUUGCUAUGUUCUUGAAUUUGUGUUUGAUGUACUUGACAAGAUAUUAUGAAGCUGCGGGAGGAGCAAAGAAGAAAAAAUUAUUUGGUCUUGGGUCUGAAGCUGGCAGUUACAUUGGGAAAAAACUUUGUGCCUGCGAUGCCUCCUCCUCAUCAGUACCACCUUUGGUUUCUUUACCGACAAUAAAUUUGGAGGAGUUUGUGAAGCAAUUGAUUCCGGCACUUACUACUCAUUUUCUUCCGGUAGUUAUUGAGCAUGUUGUUGGUAUUAGGGUACAAGAAGGGGUUGUGCUUGAUCCUCCUCCUACUAAUGAUGAUGAUGACGACGACGUUGAUUCCUAG